AGGAGCUGGUACGACAAAAGGCAUGAGAGUGUCGAGUCAAUUACGGCACGUGCUCAAAUGGCCUCGAUGCCUCAUUUCAAGAGCUCCGGAUUGUCAUUUUGCUUUUGUUUUAGAAGUUUGAAUGUACGAGUAGCACAGCCAUAAUUAUAUGAAGUGAAUCACGCGCGUCUCGGCCAAUCACAUUCGCCUGGUCUCACGCUCUUCACGCGCCGCUGAAGGCGGGAAACAAUGCAAACGACGGUUAUCGUGCGACUCUAAGCGCUUAGCCAAUCAGAGGCGACUGUUCCCACGGUUGUGGCUUUGUGUAUGAAGCCAGCAUUGUUCGGGCACCAAGCCGAUUGUCAGAAGACAGGUGUUUGUAAAUAAGACUCAUUUAGUGUCGGCACACGACCCCGAUAUUUUCCCACGAUUGAUGAAUAUAAAUGGAUCGCAUCAUGCAUGUCGGACAGUUUGCGACAAAUACUCGCCGAGUCAACAUCUCCGACAAAGUUCCUUAGAAAAACACAUUCUUGAACGUUUAAAAACAUGGCCGUUGAAUGCGUCGACAGUGCGGUUUACGUUAGCAAGAUUCUAUCCGAGAGAAGAAAGGCGAAGAAACCCUUGAUGGAAAAAAUGCGCAGAGCACGGAUCAACGACAGCUUAAACGAAAUGAAGAGCUUGGUGCUGGAUCUUCUACAUAAAGAUGCUUCUCGUUAUUCCAAGAUGGAGAAAGCUGAUGUUCUUGAAAUGACUGUAACCUUCCUUAAAGCAAUGCAGCAAAAAGACAGCCGUACUGACGAUCCUAAGUCGCUUGCUGACUACAGAGCUGGCUUCAAUCAGUGUGUAAACGAAGUCAACAGAAAUAUCAUGACAAGCGACGGAAGCGACCAGCUCAGGGAAAAACUCUUAUCACACUUGGCUUCAUGUUGCCACGGUAACGCCACAAGCCGUGUCGCCACGAGCCACGCGCCAGGGAUUCCCGCCAUGACUCCAAGUUUUCCCGCCAUCGCACCAAACGCCGUCUGGAUCCCAUAUCCUUCACCGCCGCCAUCACCGACAAGCAAAUCUGCGGUUUUCAUCCCUUUAACAAGCCCAGUUCAAACUGAAAUGUCAAGAAUUCCAUCCCCGGUCAGUCCGUCUGCGACUCAAGCACAGAGAAUAAGCUUCUCGCCAGCGAGUUCUCCGAGCGCGACAACAAAAACAGCUCUAUGGCGUCCUUGGUGAACAAUGAACGCUGAGUUGAAUGUCAAAUGCUAGAAAAUAAGCAAUAAACAAGCGACAAAAACGUAAUUACACGGCAAGAUUUCCGCCACGAAUAACGCAUUGAAUGUGGCUUUUAUUUGCUUUGCUUUGCCGCCGUAAACAAUAAUUGUAUAUAGCUUUUGUGAGUACAUCUUAUGGAUGACAGAGAGUGAAUGAGAUUAUCUGUAAAUUUAUAUGCAAAUUACUGCCAGGCAGUUUAUAAAUAAAGAAAAGAUUAACGAC